UUAAAAAUAAAAUAAAUACAAAUUUAUGAUUCAUGAGAUUUUCGUUCUAUCCUAGAAAAUAUGACAGCUUAUGACUCCAUGAUCAUGCUAAAGAAUUAGAAGUAGCUGCUGAUUGUUGGUCCAUUUUUAUUUUUUAUUGAAGUCAAGAAAAAAACUGCAUUAACAGUGGAGUAUGAGUUGCUUAUAAAAAUGACACAAAAGGUAUCAGCUGUCAAGGCAAGUCCAGAUGAUCUAAAUUGGGGGUGAAAAUUAAUGGGAUUAAUAAAAAGUUCACAACAGCAAAUUCAAUAUAUCAAAUAAAGUUGGGUAGGAAACAUUCAAAACUGGAAAGGCAUAAAAUGUCUGAAUGUUACAUCUCUUCAUGUUGUUUUUAUUUGGAUUUCUGAUUUUCCUUUUUUUUUAACCAUAGCUUCUUGUUCCUAGUUUCUCUUGUUUUGUUUUCCCCAGUUUCCCUCCUGCUGAAUAUUUUCAAUCAUCUCACCCGUUUCCCUUCACCACAAGCCCCUCUCACUACUCUUUCUCUGCCAGUUCUCAGAUCCUCUGUACUACAGACUCCGUGUUCCCGGCAUUGCUUUGAUUUUGCCUUUGGACCUUCAGUGCCUUAGAUUAAUUAUUAAAGUUUUGUGUUUUUGGUACCACCACCUGCCUAUCUGCUCACUCCUGGUUGCCUGCAUUUGGAUCUUUCAAAAGCUAAUUCGAAUAAGAUUUCACCUCAACUCGGACUUGUUUCUUGUUUUAGUUUCUUGGUUUUGAAUAAGUUAAAAGUUAGGUAAGAUAAGUUAUAUUCUCUUAUUUUGGAUUAUGUGAAAUCAAAAGCAAUAAAGCUAAACAUAUAACUUGUUAGAAAUUAACAAUUGAAAAUAUAUAAUAAUCAAUCAAUCAAUAUCAUCGUAGUAUUUUGUUAUACUACUACAGGAUGUAGCCAAUUAUUUUGUCAUAAAUAAAGGGGACCUGCAUUUCAGGGAAAUCCCCCCAAAAAUAUAUUUUGGCUACUGUUACUCAUUUUGCUCAUAAAGAACACAUCAAAUUUUACAGUUUAAAAUUUGGUUUUAGACUACAAUUUAUCUGUUUAGAUAAUUUUUUUAGAACACCCCCAUGAUAUAGUAAUUUAUUACACUGUUGGCUAAACAAUAAUGUGUGAAUAUAUCAAAAAUGUUGAUUAAAUUGGCCAUUUUUACAUAAUUUAUUACAACAGGAAGCUGCAAAGGUGAAGUUAUGUCAGUGACCUUUAAGAAAGAGGAAUAAAGUCUUCAUAGUAGAGUGAGGCUAAUGACUAUUCCUGCUAUUUCUAGCCACAUAAAACAAGUCUAACUAAAAAUGAUUACACCAGAGCCAACCAAUCAUCUUUGUCCUUUUGCAUGAUGCAGUUAUUAAGCUUGUUGCCACUUUUCUUAAACAACGUUGAAUGAGAUCUACUUAGGCUGCAAACAGUGCCAGUCUGCCUAAACAGCUGAGUAACACCAUUGGUGUUAUUUCAAAACAACUACAUGAAAAUAAAAACAGGCCAUUGCAACAGUAACAGAGUUGCAUUUUCUGAAUAAAUAAGGGGCUAUCUUUAUGAGCCAGAAUAUACAAAGGAAGAACUGCUAGUGAGAGGAAAGCACAGUGAGACAGAGCAGAGGGGGUAUUUUAUCUUAUGCCCUAUUGCCACUGCUGCUAUGAGUAGAACUUGGUUAGGCCACAGCUCGACUGUUUGUCCAGGGGUAGGAGUCUGGAUUUAUUUCAUUAGCAUUGUGCCAUUUGUAUUCUUUGAAUCUAUCUCAAUGUGGUUUGUUGACAUCCAAACCCUGUAAAGUGAAUCAUAUACCAGUCUAAGUUACUUAAGAUUAGGAAUCUGUCAAUGCUGAGUUCCAGUCUAGUAUUUCAUUAAAUUUAAUCCAAUGAAUGCCAUGGGUGCUUCAAAACUCUGUAGCUUUAAGGUGAAAUGAAAUAUGACUACAUGUCAUCAGUUUUAUACUUUAUUUCCCAGUGACAUUCUGGAUGCUUCAGGCUCCCUUUUUCUUCACAAUGGCAGCUGUUUUGUCCCGACAGGUGCUGCUGUAGGUGAGCUUCAAUAAGCUGGUUUACUAAAUUAGUUGUGACAACAGUAUGGAGAGUAGCUAUUGGUUGUUGUAGAAGUUGCUUGAUGAUCACCCAAUUUACAAUAGACUCUGUGCAUCCAAAUGUAAAAGAUUACUUAGUGUGAUACUGCAAAAAAAAAGAACAAAAUUAACCCUCAGUUUAUUUAAAAAAAAAAAAAAAAAAAAUUAGCUUCUUCUACUGAUCUGUUUUUUAAUUUCCAAUAACACUUUGUUUCUCUAUCACACGAUGAACCUGUUAAAUUGACCACGUGUUGCAAAAUAUGGGAUCAGAAACCAAUACAUUAGCAAUAGUGGCAAUAGGCAGAGUUGGUCACAUGGUCAACAUAAAGGGUGAAACAGGCUUAAACUAAACUAAGUGGAAAUGCCGAAUUUGAAAAAAUAAUUACUUGUACAAACCAUAAUGCAGUUUUGCAAGAAAACAAAUCUGUCUUGUUAAACAUUAGCUGUGAAAAAAAUGCCAAUGCACCUUGCUGAGAGUGCAGAUGUCAAAAUUAGGACAUUAAAAAUGUAAUAACGAACCCAAAUUAUUACCUGGGUUAAGAUCAGGACAUCCUUACAUGAGAUAACAUAAACUGAAAACCAAGAAUUGUUAUAUAGCAAUAUAGUUAUAGUAUUGUUAUACGUUAAACAUCCUUAUCUUUCUAUAGAGCUGAUUUGAUUAGCACAAUUGUUUCUCGUUUUUCUGUACUGCUUCCACUUUCAGCUUUGUUAUUCCAGCCUCUGUUGCACUGAGAGACGGGUCAGCAGUAAAACAAAUAUGAAGGGCAGACAUAUUUGCUUCCACACUGAGAGUUUGUAGUCCAUGUUGACAGACCAUAAUCGCCUGCCAAAUGUCUCAUCUGACUGGCUAUGAGGUUGGUUGCUCUCUUCCAAAAACACAGCAGACCCCACUCUUCAUUAACAAAACAAAUAGAAAUACUCCCUACCAGAAAAACAUGAUAAACUGGCGAACUGAACCACUUUGGUCCAGAGCAGACAAAUUUAAUAGACAGUUAUGAUUACCACAGACAGCACUUCUCCCCUGAUUCCAAGAACAACAGAUAGGCAACUCAAUUUACCUUAAUUUCUUUGGAGGAGAAAGUCAGCCUGCCAGGUUGAAGCAGCAGCUCGAUGCGAAUGAGCGCUCGUUACAUGAUAAUAGAUGCAUGUAAUUGCUGAAGUGUUGAUUGCUUUCCCCCCACACCCCAAAAAAAGAUUCUAUCAGUGCAGAAUUUUCUGUUUCAUUAAGCCAUGGUCAGAAAAAAUAAAAUAGCCAUCUGUAGACCAAAAAAGAAAGAAUGGAGGCUGAUGGUAAGGAGCAAUUUAGAGACACUUUAGUUUUAAUGUUGCUUUAUUAAUUCAUCUAUCCUUGCUUUUCUGAAGGCCCCUGUCACUGCUUUAAAUCGUGUUGGCUGUAUUAGUGAGUUUUUGCUGAGUGUGUGCUUUUUGUUGUUUAAUGCAUUGCUGGCUGGCUGUGCACCAGCUCACUACUUGCUUCUAUGAUCAAACACUGGAAUCCACGCUUCGUUGGGAAUGCAAAAGCAUCCUGAUACAGAAGCUUUAGAGUCACAAGUGCUGACUCAUCUUGCCUGGAGAAGAAAUUGAAGCUUUUUGUGUUUUGUUCGUAAAAGUGCUGUUUAACUUCAGUACCUCAGCUUGUAUGUUUGUGACGAUGUCACUCUUUCCUUUCCCUGUGCAUCACUAUGCAUAUGCAUCCUCCUCAUUUGUUUGUGACAAAAGAGGAAGAAUAUGACUAAUAAAAGAUUAGGCUGAUGGAGAGAGAGAGAGAGUCUUAUGAGCCACAAAAUGAUGUCAGUAAAGGCAGCUCGUUUGGUGACGGUCUGUGUGCAGGAAAGCCCCUAUCAUGCCCAAUCAGCUGCUGUUUCUGCAUGACUAAUGCUGAAAUAACAUAUCAUUGUCAGACACGGCAUGUUCGCACAGCUGUUUCAUUUUUUCAUCCACAGGCACUCAGCGAUAGCCUUUGAUGCACAUACACACAUUUCUGCGUGCAAACUCAUCCUUAUCUUUCUGGAUGACACCAUUUUGCUCUCUAACAAUCUUGCUAAUUAUAAUUGUUAAUUAAUUCUCUGCCUGUGUCCUCAUCAGGAGACUAACAACCUACAUUUCCAUUAAUUAGACCUUCAACCCCUCGCUCCCUCUUUCAGUCUCUGUGUCCCACACCAAUCCACCCCAUCGUCCCCCUGCUCGCCUGCCUCUCUGCUCCCGCCUCGCAGGAUCUGCUAAGGACCACAGCCGUGCAUGGACAGUGAUUACUCGUGUGUGUGUGUGUGGGGGGGGGUGCAUGCGUUUGUAUUUCUGACAUUGAGAGGGCAAACAUUUGUUCACUCUGUAGGGACUGAAAUAUGAUUUGGUCCAAAACAGCUUGAAAGCAUUAAGUUCUUUAGGCCUAAAGAAAUUGACAUUGUGGAAAUAUGGAUUGUUUUUUCUGUUGAGUUAGAUGUAAACAUUAAAACUCUGCCUCUGUUUGGUUUUUGGACCUUAACAAGUUUCCUCAAAGACCCUGCUGUCGGGUUUUGCAAACACAUGUGGUUACAUAGCAAUUAUUGAAAAGCUGCCAUAUUUAAAGCUCACCAGCCAACAUGAUCUACUUGGCUUUUAGUGUUUGUUGCCCAAAGCACAUGCAAUGGGUUGAAAUCAGCAGGGUUUGUAAUUAUUGAACAACAUGGUGUUCAAUCUGAACCUCUGCCGUUCUGCUCUGUGAUGCCAAAUAUGAUAGUGGAUUUGCUGCUGGUAACCUCUGCAAGACAUAAGACCUGAACACAGAAAGCGGGAAUUGUCUCUACCUUACAAAAAUAUGCAGGGGAGGGGCAUAAACUUUUAAUCUUGUACAUUCUUGGUUUAUUUUUUAUGUGGAGAGACAUUCAGAUUACGUUUUACUCUUAUUUUUCAAAAUUUGUCACCAAAAAAAUUUAAUUUACUUCUUUGGGAACAAAACAAUACAGUAUUAUUAUUCAUCACAUAUUACUUCUCUGACGGUUAAUAGUUUGGACCAUCCCCAUUUAUCAUUUGCUUUUAGCAUUUUCCCAUGAUAACAUUUCACAGAGAGAGGGUUCUUUGAGUGUGAUGAAGCAUUUCUGAGUUAUUUUUUCAGAAUUUUGAAUCUGAACUUUUUCAGGACAGAUGUUUAUUUGAAAUCUCCUGCUGUGCCCUUUAGGAAGAUUUCCAGUGCCUUUGGAAGAGAAACUGGCCCACAGCUUUUAGGUGUGACAAGUGAUCAAUAGUUUUGUUCAAAACAAAUUUUUUUUUAAUGCAUUCCCUCCACCCUACCUUAAUAAAUACAUUCAAAUUGCUGUCUGGAUUUUAAAAGGACAGAAUAUUUAAAGGUUUAAUCCCCUCCAUCCACUGCUAUCGUCUCUAUAAAUCUUGUUCUCCUCCCAUUAAAUGCUGAACUUAUUUGACUGAUGACCUUAUUGUAACAUUUUUUGUUUAUGUGUGUAUAUUUACUAUCGAUAGCCCGCUAUCCCCUCUCAGAAGGAAACUACCAUUCCCUUUCGGCUCAGCUGACCUGGUUUCAGUGCAGAGUGGGGCACUGUUGUGUUUAUCAUGUCACCACUUGUUCUGAUCUCAGAUCAUUGAUAUGCAGUAGACAUGCUGCCUCUGCUCAUUCCUCAGGCCUGGUGAUCGUCUUGUCAUUCAGAUCGAAUCUUAGACCAGAACCAAAUUGAGCAUUCCUUGGAUUCUCUGCCUCUGUUGUUGUUGGAGGUUUUUUGGUCCAAGCAGGGCUCUUCCUCUCUUCUUCCUCUUCCUCCUUUUGUUUGGCUCAAUAGGAAGUGGGAAGCAGUUGGCACUUAAAUAUCCAUACUGUACUGAUUGUGGCAAAAUGGCAGCUUCUGCUUUCUCCGUCCUCCUUGCUGUGAUUCCCUCACCCUCUCCUGAGAGAAGUAACCCAGAUUUCAAAAUGAAUCGCCGCCUAUUCCCCUCAAUCUUUCUCCUCUCUCUUUCUCUCUUUCGCUCUCUCUUUCUCUACUUUUUCCACCCUCUCUUUCUCUCUUAUUCUCUCUCCAUCUCUCAUCCUCUUCCUCGUAAAACCGAAUCAAUCUUGGAAAGAGAAUACCACCUCUCCAUCUCGUACUCCCACUCACCCUGCCUCUGGGUUAAAGGAUAUAUACCACUUCAAUCCUGUGUUUGCUUCUUUAAAAACUUGAACCACUCCAAUUGCCUGUUGCAUUCAUUUGAAGUUAUGUUGUCCUUUUUUGUUUCUUGAGCUGCUUCUCUUCUCCUAGCCAUUGCUUUUUCUGGCUUCUCUACCUCUUUUUUGGGGUUUGUUAUUUUUUUCUCGUUUGAGUUGACCAGCUAUAGGUGCAUCCCAAAUUAUCAAUUGAAGGCAUUCAGACGAAGAGUCAAGGACAGGAAGAGGGGACGACUGUUUUUGGCAAGGAUUUUCUUACAAACUAAGGUAUUUUAAGUACAGCUUGGUGCACAUCUUUAGUAUUUUCCGUCACGUGUUUGUAUCACUAGACCAUUUUUAAUUCCACUCACCUUUUUUAACUGCUUCUUUGCUGAGACAUCAUCAUUUUAUCAUUUAUUUUUUGACCUAGUCUUAUUUAUUUAUUCAUUGAAUCUCAUUUAUCAUUCAGCAGGAUGCAACUCACUUCUUCCAUCUAAUCUUUGCCAUUUUGCACUUUUUCUCUGCACGUCCCAUUCCCGGCAGACACGCUCAUGAUAUUCUGGUCCAAACUUUUCUGCAGAAAUAGGACUAAUUGCUAAUAAGGGCAGGCAGGAAGACGAUGAGAGGAUGCAGGCUCCAAUACUGGAGCAGCUGGUGGGGUGUUGUUGACAUGGCAACAGGAGGUAGUUGACAUAACGACUGAGGUAUGGGUGGAGGUGUGGGUAUUCAUAGCAAAUGAGGGGUGCAGCAGCAUGGACAGCCAGUAUGUGGGACACACAGCAAGUAGAGCUAAUUGUUUAGCUUUUCUGAGUUUCUCAGGAGACUUUUGUCUGUAUUUGAAUUAACCUUCCUGUCUUCUUCAUCAUGCCUCUCUCCUUUUUCUUUUCUUUCGCUUUGUACUUGUCGCUCUCUCUGCACUCCUUCCAUCACCUUCUUCUCGAUCUUUCCCUUCAUCACGCCACUCUGUCUCUGGUCCUUACCCUACAUUCUUCUUCCAUUAAUAUCACUCCUGUCUCUGCAUGACCUUUGUCCUUUGUCCUCCAUGUCCUUGGCCUCUCCUCCCGCCACCCACCUUCCCCAACACACAGCUCUCAGCCUCCUCUUCCUGCAUCCCGCAGACGUCAUGUCCACCCCGGUUUCCCCGUCCCCUUCCCUCUCCCCCCUGACGCUGACCUCCCCCACAUCGCCAUCCUCCCCGCUGCCCUCUCCCCUCUCCCCUCCACCCAGGGUGCCUGUGUUUCAGAGGAAGGGAGCGCUCAAACACAAGAGGAUUGUCGAGGUGAAAGACCAUCAGUUCACAGCACGCUUCUUCAAGCAGCCCACCUUCUGCAGCCACUGCACCGACUUUAUAUGGGGCAUCGGCAAGCAGGGAUUCCAGUGUCAAGUUUGCAGUUUUGUGGUCCAUAAAAGAUGCCACGAGUUUGUCACCUUCACAUGUCCCGGAUCUGUGACUGCCCCCAGGCCUGAUGACUUGAAGAGUCGACACACAUUUAAGAUCCACACAUAUUCCAGCCCCACGUUCUGCGAUCACUGUGGAUCGCUGCUGUACGGACUCAUACACCAGGGCAUGAAAUGUACCUGUUGCGACAUGAAUGUCCAUCGGCGAUGCGAGACCAGCGUUCCCAGUCUGUGUGGUCAGGAUCACACGGAGAAAAGAGGGAGAAUCCACCUGACCAUCAGAGGAGACAAAGAGGAUAUCUACGUCACAGUUCGGGAGGCUCGCAAUCUGAUGCCCAUGGAUCCGAAUGGUUUGUCAGACCCAUAUGUGAAACUAAAACUGAUUCCAGACCCAAAAAGCCACAGCAAACAGAAGACGAAGACCAUCCGCUCAACACUCAAUCCGGUCUGGAAUGAGAGUUUCACCUUCUCAGUGCGAGGCAGUCAGUGGGACAGGCGUCUGUCUGUGGAGGUGUGGGACUGGGACCGGACGUCCAGGAAUGAUUUCAUGGGAGCGCUCUCAUUCGGCGUCAGCGAGAUCUUCAGACGUCCUAUAUGCGGUUGGUUCAAGCUGCUUGCACAGGAUGAGGGGGAAUACUACAAUAUCCCAGUUCCAGAUCCAGAUCUGCAGGAACCCCUGCCUGAUGCUACAACAGCAUCUCUACCUCAGGUGUUGGCCGCCCCUGUGCCAGAGCCUUUUCCCGUGGUCUUGUCUCCGACCCCUGUCCCGUCCUGCCCGCCCAUCCACUCUUCGGGUCCUGGCAAAGUCAGAGUGGGAAUGCAUGACUUCAAUUUCCUCAUGGUGCUGGGCAAAGGCAGCUUUGGCAAGGUGCUGCUGGCAGAAGAGCGAGGCAGCGAUCAUCUGUUUGCAGUGAAAGUCCUUAAAAAGGACGUCCUCUUCCAGGACGAGGACACGGAGAGUGCUCUGGUGGAGAGGAGGGUUCUGGCGCUCCCCUCGCGUCCCCACUUCCUUACAUCGCUCUAUUGCGCCUUCCAGACCGAGGAUCGUCUAUAUUAUGUUAUGGAAUAUGUCAACGGUGGAGAUCUGAUGUUUCACAUUCAGCAAGUCGGGAAGUUCAAAGAGCCCCAUGCAGCGUUUUAUGCAGCAGAGAUCGCAGUUGGCCUCUUCUUCCUCCACAGCAAAGGCAUCAUCUACAGAGAUCUAAAGCUGGAUAAUGUGCUGCUUGACAGCGAGGGCCACAUAAAGAUCGCUGACUUCGGGAUGUGCAGGGAGGGCAUGUUCGGGGGCGACACCACUCGCACAUUCUGUGGUACUCCCGACUACAUCGCCCCUGAGAUUGUGGCAUAUCAGCCGUAUAAUAAAGCAGUAGACUGGUGGUCUUAUGGAGUACUAAUGUAUGAAAUGCUUGCAGGACAGCCGCCGUUUGAUGGCAUCGACGAAGAGGAGCUGUUUCAGUCCAUAAUGGAGCAGAGUGUCUCCUACCCCAAAAAUCUCUCUCGGGAAGCUGUGGCUAUCUGCAAAGGACUCCUGACGAAGCACCCUGCCAAGCGUCUGGGUGGAGGAGAGGAUGCCGAAAGGGAGAUCAAGGAGCAUCCGUUCUUCCGUUGGAUAGACUGGGACCGUCUGGAACGACUGGAGAUACCGCCACCGUUCAAACCCAGAACUGGCGGGAGAAAAGGCGAGAACUUCGACAAAUUCUUCACAGCGGCCCCAUCCGUUCUCACUCCAUCAGAUCCAGAUGUGCUUGCAGCCAUCAACCAGGAGGAUUUCCAGGGAUUCUCCUUCUUCAACCCAGACUUUGCUCCGUUACCUCUCACAGCUAUUUGAAAACUGUCCCCUCUAAUUCCCCCUGUUGUUUAUCAGAUAGUAGUUUUAUAGCUGAGAGCCAGAGUAUGAAAAUUAGCAGCAAAUAUUUCACCUCUUGUAACAAACUUCUGACGUUUACAUUAAAAUGCCAAGACAAGUCGAUAUUCCCUCACUCUCUAUGACAUGUGCAUGUCUUCUUACUGCAUGUGUAUUAACCAUGCCAGUGUUAUGGCUUGCCACUUUAGACUUCUUUUUUUUUAUAAGAUCUGUCCUAACCUGCUGUAAGACUAUUGUAGUGUCAGACAGAUAAAUGAAUCUCUUUGCAUGCGGAUAGUUUUUAUAGAGGUAGAAAGAAGAUAAAAGUUCUCAGUUUUCUGAACAGGCAAUUUACCAGUAACAUAUUUAUUCGUACAGCUAUUCGGAAAAUAAUAUGCAAAAGAAAUCUUCUUUUCAUUAUCUUCUUUUCAUAAAUUACAUUUCCUUAAGGGUCUAUUUAGCUCAAAUGCAUUCCCAUCAUAGAUGCCCUCCACAGCACCUAACUGUGAAUUUUGAAAUCUAGAUCUAAACUGAUAGACUAGAUAUCUAAAACUGACUCAGACUAUAAAGCUAUCUAAAUGGUUAGACAUGUUUCUCUUUCCCAAUUUGAUUACAUAAUCAUAAAAAGACUCACUGGGGCUUUUUAGCCUGCCUCAACCUCUCAGUUUAAUGUCAUGACCUCAGCUGAUUCAUGAAGGUGCAUAAAUGAUGCAGCGGACGCAGUGUGACAGUAACUGUAGGCAACGAUGCUGCCCUCAAACUGCUGGACUUUGGGUUGCAUUAGUUUAAAUUAAACACCAUGUUUGCAUUAAAGCUGGUCCUUGCAAAAGCAUUAAUACUCCAUAAACUUUUUAUUUUCACAUUUUUAUAUGUUACAACCACAAACUUUAUUUGAUUUCAUUUGGAUUUAAGAGCGACCAACACCAGUGGUGUUAAGAACUGGGAAGAAAAUGAUGCACGGUUUUCAAAAAGGUUUGGUACGUAUUCACCUCUCUCCUGUUGACACUUUGCAGAACCUCAUUUUGAUGCGAUUACAUUACAUGUUUCUGCCAGCUUUACACAACUAGAGACAGAAAUUUUGAGCAAUUCUUCUUUCCAAAUAACUCAAGCACAAUUGAUUGGAUGUGAAAACAAUUUUUGAAGGUUUUCCAUGAAUCUGGACUGUGACUGUACCAUUCCAACAUGUGUUGUACCAUGUGUUGAUCUAAACUAAUGUAGCUCUUGUUGUUUAGGAACAUUAUCACAUUCUUUUCUGACUUGUGACAGAUUCUCCAGAACUCUCCUGUAUUUAGCACCAUUAUUCUUCUUCUUGUUAACUCUGGUCAGCUCCUGCAGACAAAAAGCAUGCCCACACAAUGAUGCGGCCACCACCAUGCUUCUCGCCCAUAUGGAGGUCAAAAAGUUCAAGUUUGGUGUUAUCUGACAACUUACAAUUUCUAUUUACAAAGAAAAUCUAAAAUCCCUUUUUCUUCCACUUUACAAUUUAUUUGAUUGUGUUGGUCAAUCAAAUAAAAUACAAUGAAGUUGUUGUGUGUAAUGGGACAAGUUGUGAGAAGGUUUAAGGGAUGUAUUUUUGUGCGGCACCUUGAUUAGAACCUUUGAUUGUUUUACUGGACAUUAAGAAAACAUUACCUUUUGCGUUGUCUUAUCCAAACAAGUUUGUUGGCUUGUUAAAGUACAGAAACUUGUGUUUUUAUCUGUGUACACUGGAAAGCUUUUUGCUGUGUAAUGACAUACAGCACACAGCAUCGAUUGGGAGUAAUUAGGAGGGAGGCUCAAUGGGACUGUUCAAUACGUGGAAAAAAUAAUAAUACAAGCAGUGCGUUUAUUUAAACCUGCCUGAUCGGAACAGGUGGCUGCAACGUCUCCAAAAUAGUCCCACAAAUGAGUUUUAUUUCUUUAAUAGAACUUAUGGGUUCAUAACCACUUUCUGAGUGUUUCAAUACAGUAGAGACAAGAGAAAUACAUAAUAAUCAGCAGCCUAUUAUGGCUAGUUUAUGUAUUUGUCUGUUGCGUUAACUUCUUUUGUUUUCAUGUGCUGGAAAAAAUAACUUCAUAAAUAAACCAACUGAGAAAGUCAGUGACGCGUCUCAUUCUGUUAUCGUGUGAAGUUGCGGAGAAAUGCCUCCCGCUUCGUGUUCUCCACACGCCUCCCUGUCACUCCCUCACUUUCACACAUACUCACACUCAAAACAGAACAAAACACAACAAAAAAGGGCAAUCUCCAGCGUGUUAACGCUCUCUGUCACACACACGCAUGCUGGGAGAGAAGAUGCUGACCGCUCUGUUUGCUGUGGGACCGGAGUUGUCGAAGAAGCAACCCCCCACACACCUCCACACACCUCCCCCUGCGUCUCACUUUCCCUCCUUUCUCCUCUGAGGCAGCCUCUCACUCUCUCCUCCUCCUCCCCCGCAGCUGCUCCGCCCACUCCCCCGUCUCUUCAGCCCCUCCAGCACCAAGCAGAGACUAAUAUCCCUGUAGAGAUCCCAAGUUAUAACAAGUUGACCUUCACAUUAAAAUCUCAUCAACUUCCUAUCUCCCUCCGUACUUCCCCCUCUUUUUCACUGCACGUCCUUCAUGGCUCUUUUGUACUUUUCUGACGGUUUGGCACAUCUACUCCUUUGCUGCACAUUUUAAAAUUAUGCUCUGUUUGCUAUACAUUCAGAAUUUAUUGGCGCAAGCAGAUUUUUUACACACCCUGUUGUUGACUGUAAGGUUUUUCCUAUCUUAAAAUCAAUAAUUUUCUUUAAAAUAUUCUGCUGUCAGAUCUCUAUUAUUUUGAAGACAUAAGCAUCUGGAACAAUUUUAUUUGUUUUUUAUGCCAUUUUGAAAAAAUAUGUUUUUAUAAGUAAUUUGAACAUGGCUUUUUAGCUUAUAAAUGCUUAGGUUUUGUGAAGACAUUUAUUCUCAAAUGUUGCUUAAAAUAUCAUGCAAAAAGUAUAUGUUCCAUUUGAAUCUAUUUGUGUUUUUGUCACAUAACAACCACAAACAAAGACAGUUUACAUUUGCAAAGUGGAAGAAAAGUAAUACAUAACAUUUUGUUUUUCUAAAACCCUGAAACGUUAAUGUAAAUUUAUAGUCAGUCAUUUACUCCUACUGUGGCUGUAAGUCUUUCAGGCAUGUCUGCACCCACUUUUACAUCUACACACAUACAAAUAUUUUUCCAAUUCUUCUCUGAAAAUGGCUGAGGCUAAGUUAGAAUAGACAGAGAGCACCAGUGAACACUUUCAAGUCAUGUCACAUACUCCUAAUUGGAUUAGGACCAAAGGAAAACUAACAGAUAAAUAUGCUUUGAUCGAAGCCAAAACACUGCAGUGCUCUACUGGCAUUAAAUUGCACACAGGUAAAGUCUGUUUAAUAGGUGACUUCUGAAGGGGUUUGAUUAUUUUGGGCCAUCAGAUAAAAGUGGGCUAAAUGCAAAUGUGAGCCUAUUAUUUGUAAAAUAUUUUUGUAAUCAAAUGCAAUGUUCUUUGCAUUUCACAAUUAUUGACUACUUUAUGAUGUUUCAUGACAUAAAAUCCCCCCCAAAGUGUAAGGUUGUGACGAUAAAAGGUUUGAAAAAGCCCAAUAAAGAAUUCAUGUUUUUGUCCAUCAGGUAAUGUCCCUCUAGUCUUGUCGCUGUUUAUUUGAUCUGGAAGCAGAAAUUUAACAACUACAUAAAUUUUUAGAUGAAAACUUGACUGUUGUUGGCGCUUAACUAUCUCCAUGAAAUCAAACCCUGACCUCUUACCAGAGGGACACGCAUUCAUGCCCCAUCACUGUCAGUCGCAGUGAAAUUAUAUUGUCCCUCUUCUUCAGCACUGCCUCCUCCUUCCUUUGUUUCUAUCUGUCCUUAAUCUCUCCUCCUCUCUUCCUUUCUUACUCUCCAAGUCUCUCUCUAUCAUGCCCUCAGGUCAGAGUGUGCUGUAGACUAUUGAUAUCGUUGCUAAAUAUAUAGGAUUUCUCCACCAGUCGGGUUAUAAAUAGAAUAAAGGGACACGGCUCACAGGGGACGAAGAAGGAGGAGGGGGGCAGAAAGAGUGAAGGAUGUUGGUCCUAUAGAGUCACAUAUUCAUCUGCAUCCACAGUCUGCAGCUGAAUAAAAGGGACUCAUAACUGGAAAUAAAAAUGAAUAUUCAUACCAU